AUGGCCGAUAGCGCACCUAUAUCCCAACUCGCAGCGGUAGGGUGUUUACGAAAUUCGUUGUCAAGGCGCUAUACUGCCACUGCUGUCGCCGCUUUCAGUCAACGUGUUGGACGUGCACAAGUCCAUCGUCUGUUGAAGCAUUAUCGCGGAAAAUAUCAAUCUUACAUCAUGAUUCCAUUAAUGGAGAAUAAAAUGAAAUGGGAUAGAUCGAAGAAAAAGAAGUUCCCUGAUAUUGAAAUUGAAAUGAGUAAUACACACUAUAACGGUAACGAUGAAAAAAUAACGAGGGAUGAAACGUCCAUACAAAUGAUUCCAUUGUGGUCUACUAAACAGAACAUUGAUAUCUCAUCUCCAAAUAUUGGAGUUAAGGAACAAAGUUUUAUUUUACAAAACGGGGAUUCUGGAAUUGAAUCUGUACAGGCAAGUCCAGCCCAAAAGGCGAAUAAACCCUGCAGUUCAUCUACAAUUGAUAUGUACGACGUCCCGGGCCCAUCGACAUCAAGACGAUUUAGUUCCGUAUAUCUGCAUCCUGAUCGUGCACGUUUCAAUUAUUCCAGUCCAAUUGCUUCUUGUUCUCGAGAUCACAGUGCAAUUGAGGUCAGUGACUUUGGGAUCGCGGGCAGUGGUGGCAACCUGUCGGCUGCGUCGUCGGACGCAUCAUCGCUGAGCGUGCCCGGAUCGGGGGGACCAGGCGGCCAUCGUCACAGCAUUCCAUGGGGCCGGCGCCGGAGUUCUACGUGGACUGGCCGGUACUCGGACGCCACGGACCCAGAAUUUGCGGACUUGCAGCGAAUGACCACCAGAGGCAGCGUGGGCAUGCACAGCCUGUCGGACUCGCUGCACAAGCUGACGUUCACCCAGAGCUUGGCGUUCCCGGAACUGGCACGCAAGCUGGCCAGCAGGCGGCGACAGGAACAGCUGCGGGCCGCCAUCAACGACAACAGCCAGGACGACUUCGAGGCGUGUUCAAAGUUCGUCGCCGUGGCCGGUGGGUUCCUGCUCAGCUUGAUGGUGUACUGCGUGGUGAAUAAGUACGGAAAAGUAUAAGGGUGGUCGCCCCGUGGUGACGACCCGGGGCUAAGCGCGGUCUUCGGAAACCAGACCGCGACCACUACUGCAGAAAUGAACGCCACCGAGACCGCGGCCGUGUCCGCCAUCGCUUCGGUGACACGACCCUACGCAAGCGGCCCGGUCCCAGGACCCAUUCCAGGUCAGGUUCCAGAGCCGAUACCAGGGCCACUUCCAGGGCCGCUUCCAGUGCAGGUUCCAGGGCCAGCCGUCGGUGCCAAAGAUGUUGGUAAGGGUAGUUUACAGCGGACCGGCCGCUCGCUGUGGAAUUACAUUAUCACGAUGGACGUCAUCACUACCAAGGCCACCAACGACGACCAGGGCGGUGAUCCUGACGACGAUCACGGAGGGAACGACCAUGGCGGCGGUCUGGACGACAACCAUGCAGGAAGCGACCAAGGCGGCGGCCCGGACGAUAACAGGUAGACCGUCCGGUAGUAAACGUGCGCGCCAAGUCACUGACGCGCACGCGCGCUCGUUAUCGCACCGCCACACGCGAUGUACACACACACAAAUUAGUUACAACCUUGGACGACUGAAAUUCGAUAAAAGCAAACAUAUUUGAAAGCUCCGUUCGUUUAUAAUGUUAUCUUCGUAAUAACGACACGAUGUAACCGUCGUUACUGUGUUUCUAUUUCUAGUUCUA